CGCCGACACAAUGUUGCAUCCGGAGAAGGUAGCUCUUUUCACUUCCCACCAAUGGAGGCCCAGAGCGUUGCCUCCGCGACCAAUCAGAAGCGGAACCCGGGAGAUCGGCGCAGGAAGGCGGUAGAGGGUGCAAAGAUCUCCCCGCGAGGCUGGAAGGGGAGCCGUGCGGGUCGCAAAAUCCGAGCGAGGGGGUUGUUGUUGCUGCUGCUGUUGCUGCUUUUGUUGCUUCGGUUUGCUUUUGGAGGAGAAAGCCCAUUGCACUUCCCGGCCCCACCGCGGAUGGGCUUUGCAAGGCGCACGUGCAACUCGGCUGGGCCCGGGAUGCCGGAGGGAAGCGGCCAGGCCCAGGAAAAGCUCCGCAACCUUUCUGGAGGCUCCGAUCGAGGGGAAGCAACUGGAUCUUUAAGCCGGCGCUUUUGAAUUCUCUCCAGGGGGAGCCUAUGGAGAGUGCAGACCGCGCUGCUGCUGCUGCUGCAACCCUCGUUUUGCGGGGGGAGCGUCUCCGAAGCCAGGUAUCUGCCGAAGGAGCCGAGCCAAGCUCUCCCCCUGGCGCGCUCACCUUUGGAACAGCUUAUCUGCCCUAAGGGAGACCGAGGACGGAAAGUGCAAAAAAUUACUCCAGAACCAAGCAGCCCAGCGCUGGAAGGAAGAGGAGAGAGCUCGGAGCCGCCUCCCUCCGGGUUCCGGAGAGCUUACUGCCCCGAGAGUGCGAUGCUAACCCCGGGAGCGAUGCAAAGAAGAGCAGGAGGGGAGCGAUAAGUUAGGAGCGCACGAAGCCAGUCAUUGGCCGGACCGGGAUCGAACCCGAGGAGAAGCCAGAAGGAACCGGACUGGGCUGCACGGGCUCCGUCGUGGCGGGGGGGUCCAAAGCUAACGGAACUGGAGGGCUGGUGAAUUCGCCGGCGGGGACUGGAUUCGGGCGGAUUCCCCGCCUCCAUGUGGAGCCACCAAGCUGGAAGGGAUCUCGCAGUCGACCAGAGUUGAGCCAGCCGAGCGAGGCGCUGCCACACCCGCCCACCGCCCCUGUUCCCAUGGAUAGCAGCGUCGUGGCGAUUAUCAUAGCCACCAGUGAGUCCUUGCAUGGCUUUCUCUCGCCUUUAAAUCGGGAUGGAUGCUGGGAGUUGUGGGGGGUCCUCUUCCCCCCCAAAUGAGACUGCCUCCCCCUGCUUGGUUAUGUCCCUGGCGUUAUACUUCGCUGUAUGCACACACAUAAUGUGGUUUUGGUUUGGCACCUAGACACUGUUUAUGGCCCCUUCAGGGAAACUGGUAGAUUCAAGUGCUUGGGACCUGGUUGUUUAUAUUACAGGCAGGUACUGGGCAAAGUCUUAGCCUUGCAGAGGCAGCUGCAGGUUUCUGCAAGUCACAGCUUUUGUGGCAAAAAGGGUGAUUUCCUGCUGUGAAUGCUAACUUAGGUUAUGUUCUCAGGGAUGCUAACUUAGCUUCUGGCUUGGCACCCCUCUGCAUUGUGGAUUCAUCACCCAUGUUGACCUCCUGCCCUUCGUGUGGGUUACUGGAGGAGAUGAACUAUUAGGGAGCUCUCUUGGCAUUGGCAUGGCUCCAGGGAUUGGAAGGGCUGGUUCAGUGCAUCAGGAGCCCUUUUGACACUCCCACAGAGCUGUAAGGAGCAUGUAGGGAUAAUGUUCAAAUCAGGACAGUGGAAUCCUGUUUAUGUAUUUGAAUUUCCUGUGAUUCCUUUUCUUCAGUAUGUUUGAGUAGAAGUUCAGCAGAGAAUGAUGCGAGCAGAAUGGUACAGCUUAUCAGAGGAACUUAAACUGGCACAGAAAUAUAGAAGCUUUGGAGAGCCACUAACAAAGGUUUCUGUGAAGUCAAAAACUUGCAUACAGUGCUUCUUUCUAUACAGUACUAAGCAGCUGAUGAAAGGUAUCACUUUUUCCUGUUUUGGCUUUCGAUUGGAUAAAAAUAUUCUAAGAGGUUUCGUACAAGAAUUACAUCUCCAAGCUUUUUUGUGAGCAAAAUACUGGUUGGAAUUUGAAGAAGCAUCUGGGAUCACCUGCUAGAGAGACAUGAUUGAUGACUGUCAAUCACCUGCUCCCUAUUUCCAUAUUGUUGUGCCCGUUUUUUUGAAUGUGAGAGUGAUACGUAUUUUGUUAAACAAGCCUUGGAGUUUCAUAGUGUGACCUGUGCCCUCCUCUGAGGUCUGAAGGCUUGUGUCUUCCACCCACAUAGUAAACUGCCCAUUGUAGAUCAUUAUCAAGGCUCUCCAAAGACGCCUGCAGAGAAGGAUAUCCUCCAUAUUAUUCAGGCAAAAAGGACAGCAGCCUAUCUGGAAGCAUUGCAAAAAAAUAUUAGUCAAUAUGCAUUCUCCCAUUUUCCACCCAAAGACGCCCAAGCUGGUUAGCAACAGUAAAAUCAAAAUACAAAACCAAGUCUUGAAAACAGAGCAUCAAUUAAAUAAAUGAUGAGGCAAACAAAAAUGACAUAUACAGUUAGCCAGUUUGACUAUAAAAACGGCUACCAGAACAGGCAUGUUUUCAAAAGGCAGCAAAUGAUAAUUAAAAACGUCUCCAAGGGCCAGGCUGCUCUCCCAGGGCAGAGAGUUGUAUAGCCCAAGUGAAAACUGCUGUAUUCCUGUCCAACAUGCCUCACGUACACAGAAUAUGAAGUAUAGAAUUUUAAAAAGCCUUUCUCAUCCAAAGCAAAGAUUAGACCAGCAAUUCCCUUUAUGAAACUGUUGGGAGUCAGAGUGAUGAAAUAAAUUGGCCGUGUUGUCUGUAUACCAGCAGGAGAGAGCAAGAUUUGUUUAUUUGUCAGUGGAAGCAUCGUUCAUUGCAUCCAUGUUACUUUUCCUUGUUUGGAAAAAUCUGGUGUUCCAAAUGAAAAUAAGAAAAGGCUUUUUUUAAACCAGGGAUGGGAAUCUAAUGGGCUUCCAGUUGUUGUUGGGUGACAAGCUCCACUGACUUAAAUAGACGUAAGUCCAGCAAAUUCAGCACAGAUGAGAAGCUCCCUCCUCUGCUCAGUUCUGCUGACUCCACAUGGGAGAAUAAGGACAAUUUCCCACCUGCAGACAAGAUUGUUCUAUCAAGAUCUAAUCUAGUUAUAACUCAGGCUGCUGCAUGCAUGAUCCCUGAUCCAGCAUGCCUGAACCAGAAUAUGUUAAAAAUUAAUAUAUGUUGGAGGUGCCAGGGCUUUUUGAACAAUGGCCCUCAAAUUUGCAGAUCAAAUUCUUCCGCAUUAGCUUCUGAACAGCCUUGUUCUGAUAAAGCAGGUGGAAACACAACAGAAUGAUAUUUAAACUUGAUUUCUCUUGCAUAAUCACCUAUGGUCAGCAGAGCUACUUGGAAGUAAGUUGUUAGUCUGAGGGCUGCAAAGUGGACAUGCUUGGACUUUUUAGGGUGGUUUUUGUUGUUGCAAAAAUGAGUGGAUUACCAUCUUAGGUGAAAUGAAAUAUUACCAUCUGGCUGUCAUUGGAAAGCAGAAAUAUGAGGAAUGUGAAAAUUAAGAGAUUAAGGUCGCAAUCCCAAACCUGUUUUUACUCCAAUCCUAUUAAAACCAGUAGGGCUAAUCUGAAGUCAGUAUGUGGUGGAAUUGCAGGCUCCUGGGACCCAAAGUCCUCCAGUGGUUUAAUUGCUGCUGUUUUCGUUGGAUUUUUUGCUAGUUGCCAAAUUUCCCUGGUGUCAUUCAGCUAUUUCUUGAGGGCUUACCUCUUGCUAAGCGCCUCCAGAGUAGAAUAAAGGCAGGUCCUGCCCACAGGUUUAUGUUCUAAGAAUAUGUGAUACAAAGGAAGAAGGCAAGGCAGGGAUUAAUGGGGAGAGAGGAAAGCACUAAAGAAAAUCCCAGAGGGAAUAAGGACUUAAAAAACCCCACAAAAACUUAUUCGAGAGAAAUGGAAAAUGUAACUACAGAGAGAGAGAGAGAGAUUUUGUGGGGUUGGGGGCAUUUUAUUAUCCUAAGCCAAAUUCCAACACACCUUGGAAAUUGGACACAUCCAAGCCAUGUGUGUCGUGUCAGGAGAAACCAACUCCAUUCUGCUUCUCUGUGUCAGUUUUGCAUUUUGUGCCCCAAUAGUUUCUGUUGGCUGGACUAAAAAUGUGCCCCAAAUACCUGACUCCUUUAGGAAUCCUUUGGAAUUCUCCCCCCCCCCCAAAAAAAGUUAUUUUUGGUUUUCAAUACUCUGUAUGGGCACUUAAAACUGCUCUCCUGAAUCAGUUUUAUUGCAUCUUUACCGUAGCACAUGACAUUGGCUGCAGUAAAAGAAUACUCAGAUAAUAGCAGUUCAUUUGAAAUGUUUGUGAUUUUCUUUCCUCCCAGGUGGUUGGGGGGGGGGACUGUGUCAGGGCUGGGUGGGACUGGAAGUGAGAAUUGGCUGAAAUUUGGGAAUGGUACUGUCAGGGAACUGCCAUCGGACGGAAGGGAGGUGAAAGGGCUCACACAGGUUGGGAGAGACGCAGCAGCUGAAGAGGGAACCGGAAGGGAGGUGAAAGGGCUCACACAGGUUGGGAGAGACGCAGCAGCUGAAGAGGGAACCGGAAGGGAGGUAAAAGCUCACACACAGGUUGGGAGAGACGCAGCAGCUGAAGAGGGAACCGGAAGGGAGGUGAAAGGGCUCACACAGGUUGGGAGAGACGCAGCAGCUGAAGAGGGAACCAGCAGGGGAGAGGAGCUGAGUUGGAGGGAUGGCUCAGAGACACUUCCAGCGAAAACAGUGGGGAGGUUUCAGGACCUCCUGUAAGAACACCCACUCCUCGCCGGAAACUGUCACGCAGAGAUUCCAGAAGACGCGUUUCCGUUAAGGAGCUUUUAUGUUGGAAGCGAUUACGAAAGCAACCACUGUCGGAAUCUGCUAGUGACUAGAGUAGCCAUGUCUGAGGGGCUCCGUCACAGACAGAGGUUUGUGGACUUGAACAAACUCUGAGGGGAUACGAUUUUACGCACAAGCAGCUCAUCAUCCCAUCACAGCAUUCCGACAGUCUUUGAAAGCAGCUUGUGCAGGAGAAGGCAUCAUGAGCAACCCAGCCGGAACCGGAGAAGCAGGAGCUGGAGCGGGUCCAAGCCUGGAAGAAAGGUACCAGAUGUUGGAGGUCCAGCUAGCGAUGCAGACGGCGAGGCUUGAGGAGAGGAGGGCUCUGGAUGCAGACAAAAGGGAAAGCCACCCAGUUCGCCAGAAAGGUACCAGGAUUGGUGCAGAAGUUUGGGGGGGAGCCCAAAACUAUCAUGGUUUUCGGACAGAAAUGCAAUAUGCCCUCAAUCUGCAGUUUGAUGAAUUCCCUGACGAGGAAUCACGAGUGGCUUUCGUGAUUGAGCAUCUUGAAAAGGGCGAGAGACUGGGUUAGACCCCUGAUGGCAGCUAAUAGUGACGUCUUAAAGGACACGAUGAAGUUCUUUCGCGCCAUGGAUCUGAUGUUUUCCAGCGAUAUUGAAAAGGGAGUGGUGCGCAGACAGUUAAUGGGUUGCAAACAGGGGAGCCGAUCUGUCCGUGAGUACUGGACUGAGUUCACCAUGCUUGUUCACAGAUUGGGGUGGGACUUAUCGGCGGAACCCAUUCAAAUGCUUUUUGAAGAAGGGCUUUCUUCGGCUGUGAAAGACGAACUUUCCCGGGCGCCCAGGGCGGAGUCUAUGGACCAGCUGACCAAAUCAGCGCUGGCCAUAGGAGCGCGCCAGGAGGCGAGAGCAUUGGAGAGGCGGGAAGGGAAGGGGAACUUUGGAAGGAGUUCCGCAUUCCAGACAUUCCAGAGCCAACUUUCCCACCGGCAGAGCCGAUGGAAAUAGGAACAGCGCGCGCGCGCAGUUUCAAAGCCCAGUGAGGGGGCAAAGAAGGAGGGAAAAGGCGCCCGGAAAUGCUAUCUCUGCCAACAGCCAGGUCACUUUGCCAGAGUCUGCCCCCAGAGGAAAGAAUGGCAAGGGAUGGUAGGAGCGGUGGAUGGAAGAGAGGAAAAAAUACCGGAGCAAGUAAAAGCCAACGCCUGGCUGCCACUGUCAGGGCACAGCAGCCAGGCCAAAGAGCAGUGAGAGUGCCCACGCCAGAACCUCCUAAACCCGCCCUAGUGAUAGAAGUGACGCUAGAGCUGCCAAACGGACACCCUCUAAAGAUAAAGGCGCUGUUGGACUCAGGCAGCUCCUGCAAUUUCAUGAGCAAAGAGUUUGCAGCUGAACACCAGAUACAGACAAUCCCUUUAAGCAGCCCCUGCAGGUGACCACGAUCGAUGGCAGGGAGCUGUUGGGUGGAGAAGUCAGCUUGCAGACCGUCCCAAUGAUAAUGAAGGUAGCAAGGCACACCGAACUGAUAGCUUUUAAUGUGGCCACCUUGGGAGGAGCUCCCAUUAUAUUGGGGAUGAGCUGGCUAGCGUUACAUGAUCCGCUGGUGGGCUGGCAUCAGAGAGUGGUUUCUUUUGGUUCAGCACAUUGCUUAGAACACUGCAAAGAGGAAAGGGUUUGGCAGGGGUCCAAGCCACCCUAGCAGGGACUGAAGUAACAGAGAACGUGAAGGUACCACGACAAUAUGCAGAUCUCCGUGACGUCUUCAGCGAAAGGAAGCUGACCAACUACCCCGCAUAGACCCUUUGACUGUCAAAUCAACUUACUCCCUGGAGCACAGCUCCCUGUAGGCAAGCUGUACGCCAUGUCAGACAGAGAGAUGCAGGAGUUAAGAGAGUUCAUUGACAAGAACCUGAAGAGAGGGUUCAUCAGAGAGUCCAGGGCGGUGGGGGCAGCCCAGUGUUUUUGUGGAUAAGAAAAACACGAACAAGCCGAGGCUGGUGUGUGACUUCAGGGCCUUAAAUGCAGUGUCAGAACCAGUAGCCUUCCCUAUGCCCAGGAUUGACGACAUUUUGACAAGGGUGCGGAAGGGAAAGAUUUUCACAAAGCUGGACCUAAGGGGGGCGUACAACCUGGUACGAAUAAGGAAGGGGAUGAAUGGAAAACCACUAUGUUCACCCCUUUAGGGGCAUUUGAAUAUUUGGUUAUGCCCUUCGGCCUACAAGCAGGCUCCGCAACAUUUCAAUCGUUUAUGAACCACGUCCUGGGGCCUUUGCUUUACAAGAAUUGUGUGGCCUUUUUAGACGACGUGUUGGUGUAUUCUGAGAAUGAGGAGCAGCAUGUGAGAGACGUCAGAGAAGUGUUGAGCAGGCUGCAAGCCAGCCUGCUGUGGGUGAAACUGGAGAAGUGUCAGUUUCAUACCAAGGAGGUGGAAUUCCUGGGGUAUCGCCUGUCAGACAAGGGAUUGGCCAUGGAUCCCGGCAAGGUCCAGGCGGUGCUGGAAUGGAAAACACCCAAAACAAAGAAGGAUGUGCAGAGGUUCCUAGGAUUUGGGAACUUCUAUCGUAAGUUCAUCCGAAACUUUGCCCACCUGACGGCGCCCAUUACAGACUGUCUCAGCAGUAAGAAGAAGUUCGUGUGGACUGAGGAGGCGGAGCGAGCAUUUGAGGAACUAAAAAAGGGCCUUCGCCUCGGAACAACAACUCCUGCAUGUGGAUUUACAAAAACCGAUGAGAGUGGAAACUGACGCAUCAGACAGAGCGAUUGGGGCGGUGCUUCUGCAGCCAGGCAAGAAGGGGUCAGAGUGGAGACCGUGUGCCUUUUUUCGCGAAGCUGAACAAAUCCGAGAGGAACUACACGGUGUAUGACCGAGAACUACUAGCCAUUCAUGAGGCGUUCCGGAGAUGGAGGCACCUGCUAAUUGGCGCACAACAUAAGGUGCAAGUGUGCACUGACCACAAGAACCUAGAGUAUUGGAGGACGGCACGAGUGCUCAACCAACGGCAAGUGAGAUGGGCCCAGGAGUUCUCCAAAUUUAACUUUGAGAUUAGUUACGUGCCAGGCCCAGAGAACAUUAGGGCGGACGCUCUCUCACGCAAACCUGAAUAUUUGGAGGGAGGGGCACCCGAAGAGAGACAUGUCAUUCCAGAGGACCGCUGGGUGUGUGGGGCGGCAUUGGUGGGACAAAGAGAACUGGUAGAGGAAACAGAGAAUGAUGAAUACGCCCAGAAUAAGCUCAGAGGUCUUAGGGGUGAGGGAGAGGAACCAUGGGGUUUCGAGGAAAGAAAUGGAGCUUUGUAUUACAAAGGGGCACUGUAUAUCCCUGAAGGAGACUUAAGGGGGAGGGUACUCAAGCAGUUGCACGACAGCCCUACGGCGGGGCAUUUUGGACAACACAAAACCAUGUGGUUGGUCACCAGGGAAUUUUGGUGGCCUAAGGUGAGGGAGAUGUACGUGAGUAUGUAAGAGGGUGCGAGCAAUGCCAGCGAGCCAAAGGGGAAAGGCGGGCGCCGGCGGGGCUAUUAGAACCCUUACCAACCCCAGAACGACCUUGGGAGGCAGUGUCGAUAGAUUUUAUGACUGAUCUGCCGAAGUCCAAAGGGAAAACAGCCAUCAUGGUGGUGGUAGACCUACUAACAAAGAUGUGCCACUUUGUAGCUUGCUCGCAUGCAGUCACGGCGGAAGAGACAGCGAAGUUAUUUGUAGAAAACAUUUUUAGGUUGCACGGGGUGCCAUUGAGGGUGGUCUCAGACCGAGGAAAACAAUUUACUUCCAGGUUCUGGAGGAAGCUCAUGAGCUUACUGCAGGUGGAGGUCAAUUUUUCGACUGCCCGGCACCCUGAAACCAACGGGCAGGCGGAAAGAGCAAACGGUGUCCUCCAGCAAUACCUGAGGUGUUAUGUCAAUGACAGAGAGAAUGACUGGGUAGAAAAGUUGGCGCUGGCGGAAUUUGCCUACAACAAUGCCGAGAAUGUGUCCACAGGGAUGAGCCCCUUCUUGGCUAAUUAUGGGUGUCAUCCCAGGGCUUUCCCAGGGGAGAGGGGAGAGAUGGAGCGUCCCGGCAGCCGAGCAUUUUGUGGAAGAAAUGGAAGCAAUCCAUCGUCAGCUCCAACUCAACUUAGAAAGGGCGAAGGAAGAAUACAAGAGGCAGGCAGACAAGAACCGAAGGGAAGGUGAAACCAUAAGGGUGGGAGAUAGGGUGUGGCUGUCAACCCAAGGGUUGCCGUUCAAAGGAGGUUGUAAGAAAUUAAGACCCAGGAGGUUGGGUCCCUUUGAGGUCAUUCAACAGGUCAACCCAGUGGCUUUCAGGCUCCGGUUACCCAACCACAUGAAACUGCACCCAGUAUUUCACAGGUCGUUACUGUCACCGUACGAGGGGGACGAGAAGGGCUGGCCCCUCGGGGACCGGUCGUAGAAGAAAGAGACUGCAGCAGCCAUGUGGCAGAAAUCCUCGACGCCAGGUGGAAGGGGAUCAGGUGGAGUAUUUGGUAGCGUGGGAAGGAGAACCGGAGUCAGAAAACACUUGGGUAAUGGCUGAAGAUAUCAAUGACGAGGUAUUGAUAGAAACGUUCCAUCAAAGGUUCCCAAGGAAACCUCAGCCUGUGGAGAGGUUCCGGAGGGAAUACUUUGGGACCACUGAUGAAGGGGAGGAGUUGGAAGGAUUCCCGGACUCGGAAGGGGAAGGGAGAUGGACUCUGAGGAGGAGGUGUACUUGAGACCAGGAACCGCAACAGGUUGAGAGAAGUGUUCGAGACAUCGGAAGAUGAAGGAAGUUCAUUCCGGGGUUUUGCCUCCUCACCGCCCGUAGAGGAGGGGCGAGAGGGGGUGAAGGGGGCCCUGGAGGGAGGUGGAUGUCAGGGAACUGCCAUCGGACGGAAGGGAGGUGAAAGGGCUCACACAGGUUGGGAGAGACGCAGCAGCUGAAGAGGGAACCGGAAGGGAGGUGAAAGGGCUCACACAGGUUGGGAGAGACGCAGCAGCUGAAGAGGGAACCGGAAGGGAGGUGAAAGGGCUCACACAGGUUGGGAGAGACGCAGCAGCUGAAGAGGGAACCAGCAGGGGGAGAGGAGCUGAGUUGGAGGGAUGGCUCAGAGACACUUCCAGCGAAAACAGUGGGGAGGUUUCAGGACCUCCUGUAAGAACACCCACUCCUCGCCGGAAACUGUCACGCAGAGAUUCCAGAAGACGCGUUUCCGUUAAGGAGCUUUUAUGUUGGAAGCGAUUACAAAGCAACCACUGUCGGAAUCUGCUAGUGACUAGAGUAGCCAUGUCUGAGGGGCUCCGUCACAGACAGAGGUUUGUGGACUUGAACAAACUCUGAGGGGAUACGAUUUUACGCACAAGCAGCUCAUCAUCCCAUCACAGGUACUUAAUACUAUGUAGGUGACACAGUAUCCCAGAAGGACUGUGUUGAAGGUCUGCAUCUGUAUUUUAUUUUAUUUUUUAGUGGUGGGUGUUGAAAAUGGGGCAGCGAAACAGGUUUAGUGCUUGAGAAACUAGCAACAGGCCAGCUGCAUAGUACUCUCUGGAAAGCCAACCACGUUUUAUAGUUUACCUCAAAUCACCCAGAUUAGAUUGUGCUACAAGCAGUAGGGCUGUGGUGCCACUAUAGCAGAGGCAGCGUACGAUAUGGAGGAAGGGCUUGGAAAGUUUAUACAAGUGAGCUGCAUACCCAAGGGAGCAACAUAUCUGCUAUUGCUGGGUACCUGUUAAGGGGUAAAGGUAAGGUCUAAACCACUGAGCCUCUUGGGCUUGCCGAUCAGAAGGUCAGUGGUUCAAAUCCCCGCUAUGGGGUGAGCUCCUGUUGCUCUGCCCCAGCUCUUGCCAACCUAGCAGUUUGAAAGCACACCAGUGCAAGUAGAUAAAUAGGUACCGUUGCGGCGAGAAAGUAAACGGCAUUUCCGUGCACUCUGGUUUCCAUCACGGUGUUCCGUUGCGCCAGAAGUGGUUUGGUUGUGCUGGCCACAUGACCCAGAAAGCUGUCUGUGGACAAAUGCUGGUUUCCUCGGCCUGAAAGCGAGAUGUGCGCCGCAACCUCAUAGUUGCCUUGGACUGGACUUAACCAUCCAGGGGUCCUAUAGCUUUACCUUAAGGGGCAAUUGGACCAGGGGGUGGAAUCUCAGGUUCUGCUUGCAGGCUUCCCAUGGGCAGCUGGUUGCCUGUAGUGAUAACUGGAUGCUGAAUUUAUUUAUUUUUCUACUUGUUUAGUACCAAAUCUGUGCAUGGGUCUUUACAAAGAAGAAGUUUGGCAUGCCCAUCUCCGAUGGGGUUUACGAGCUUAAGGCUAGAUUGUCAUGACCUAUGAGGAGAAACCUUGUUCGUGUUUCAUGUGAUAGAUACCUUGCUUAAGAGACAUAUAGGCAACUGCCAGUCUCUUAAAAUUAGCUAUAUUUCUAUUCUUCCUGAAUAGAAAGCUUUCACAUUCCUAAAUGUGCAGAGAUUUGGCUGAACAAGAGUAUCACUCUCAAACUACUGGAGCUCUGUGAUGCUCUUUUAAAAAAAAACACCCAACAACAACUCGCCUACCAACAUAGAUUGAUUCCAGCCGUGUAAAUGUGACAGGUUACUAAUCCACAAGCAUGCUUCACAGCCUACCUUUCCCACAGAUACUUGUGGCAUAUUGAUGGCUUUAUUUGAUUAAAAAUAGCAGUUUCUCUUUUCAGUUCACAGAAGCUUCUUUACCUAGUCAGAAUAGAGACCAUUUUUACUUGCCAUAGGUGCCUGUUUACAAGCUUGGUCAAAUAAAAGAAUUCAUUGACCAUCUUUGCAUUUCUUAGUGGUGCUGGAAUGCCACCAAAUCUUAGACCAUAAACCUCAUUAUUGUGUCUGCAGAUCGCAGCCAGAUUCAGUUUGCUAUAUCUGCAUUGGUGUGUUUUGCUUGUUUUUAAAGAACUGGGCACCUGUUUCUGUCUGCCAAGGGCUGGAAUCUCAGUUAUGAGAGAAAAGUUGAGACAAUUAGAAAGGCUUGAAAAGUGUGCUUUUGGCAGCUCCUGUUUCCAAUCUUCUCCAGGAGCAUUUGGGUACCCGUUUCUGUCAUUCGUAAUUCCAUUGUGGCCAUGUAGAUUCCCAGAGUCACUGCUCCUAGCUAGGGAUGAACUCGGUUAGGAUGCCAGAGGGCGCUAAAUCAGUGGCUCUCUCCUGCCCCCAUUGCCUUUAGCCUUGCAGAGUGUACAUUUCCUGGAGACUUCAGCCAGGAUGUGAAGCCUGAGGCCUAGUCCCAGGCUGUGUGGAACACCCUCACCCGUGUUUCCCCUUUUCUCUUCCUCGACAGCAGUUUCUUCCUCCAUCUUCAUCGUGGCCAUUUUGGUGCUGCUGCUGCUUUUGUACCACCGGGACCCCCUGUGCUGCCAGUUCCUGUGCUCUUGCCGUUUCUUCCAGAGCCCCAGUCAGUAUGUGAGUAUCUCCACCUCCCUCUUCCCUGCUGUUUCAAUAGGCCUUGCAUCCAAAUGCACCCACCUGCCCACCCACCACAUUUCUUUCUGCUCCGGCUGGGAUGGAAGGAACCAAGGCACCCGCCCAGCUCAGCCUUCCGUAGGGUCCCAUUACAGGUUUGUACAGAAUGGCCUCGGGGUUUAGGCAUUAUUAUGAUUAUUAUAAUUCGUUGCUUACUCCUGGCUGGAGAGCAGCUCAAGGCCUAUUUGCAGUUCUCUCCUGCUGGGUUAUAGUGUUCACUCACCAAGACACUCCCUGGCUCCCCGCUUCCUUCCCACUCUCUUCCACCAACAAAGCCCUUUCACCUGAGCGUGUCGCCAAUGGGCGGCUUUUGAGCAUGGCUUGUGCUGUCGGGGGGCACGUUAUUGAAUUUUGAGAGCACGAGAAGGCAGCACCAGGAGUGACGCAGGUCGCCAGGGCGAUGGUGAUAUCCCCCUGCGCCUAAGAGAACUGCACUCCUCCUUAACUCUCUGGCACACUUCUUUCUUUCUUUCUUUCUUUCUUUCUUUCUUUCUUUCUUUCUUUUUUGGCAACGAUGGAUCACAGCAGGGAGUGCUACUGUAAGGCACGGGUAAAAUACAGACAAUGCCACUCUUGGUUGCUGGUAUCCUGGCAACCAGCAUUAUACUUUGCACAGCUCACGAUUGGAGACAGCCACAGAGAGAACAUUUCCCCCUAUUUUUCUUCUCUCUCUCUCUCUCUCUCUCUCUCUCACACACACACACACACACACACACACACUGACUCACAGUCACAAACCCUUCCCCUCUCUCUUAUGCACACACACACACAAGCGUUUUUGAUGACUGCUGUUUGAGGAGCACCUGAGCAACUUCAUGGCAUUUCUCUCCCCACCCCACCGUGCAUUAGACAUUUGAAAGACCAAAAAACCUGGGCAGCCUGUGUAUACUUUCCCCCUUGCAGGUUCAGACCACCAAAGGCCUAUCUAGUCCAGCACCCUGUUUCUCCCUACGACCAGCCAGAGAGAGGCCUCUUGAGAAGCCCCCAAACAGCGCAUGAGAGCAACAGCCCUCUCUCUCCCCAAACGUGUUCCUUAGCAACUGGUAUUCAGAGGUUCCCUUCAGCGAGGAACAAAUCCCUUUAUUCGUUUACAUUUGUACUUCCGCAUAUUCACAUAUGAAACUGCUCGGGGUAAAAAGUGCAGUUUGGCCACCAGAAGCAGUGAAAAUGGCUCACUUAACUCUCCUGGAAAGGAACCAUCAGGGGUGACUUUCAGGUAAUUCCUGGCAGAUAGCAGGAAUUCCUUUACAGGAUGCAUGUUGGUGUAGAUAUAGCCACGUGGAAAAAGCAAGAGAAAUCCCACAGUGCUUGUAGUCCAGAACCCAACAUUGAUUGGAGGGUGGCAGCAAAGACUCAGAAUUGCUUUGAAGUAACAGAAAUGUGCCAUGUCCCUAGUACGGCCAAGAGGGCUGUGACAAGGGUUUCCUCAGCCCAAUAAGUUUUGUGUAUCACGUUCAUGUUCAGGGACAAUUGAAAUGCUUUCCUAACAAAAGCUUGUGUUUUUGGGUCCAGGUGUCACAUCAUGAAAUCAGGCCAGAAUUUAGGAACGCUCAAUUCAAGUCAUGUCAAGAUGACAUGUUUGAUGGGUGUGGUCUCUCCUGAUUUUUGCUGGAGGAAUUGCAACUUUCCAGUUGCGGUAUCCCCUCCAGUUGGGAACUUUCCUUUUGUUUUCUCGAGACUGCCAUGCCACUACCCUUGUGGGCUUUUGUGGCACAGGAGGUGACACCGUUUGAGUUGAUGGGGCCCAGGUGCAAGAGCCUCUUAAAAGUUUGCUGCACAGUGCUUGCGUGGGAAAGUGAUCAUUUCUGGCCUCCAGCCAUGCGGCCUCCACUAUCCCAGAUUACUGUGUAUAACAUGUGCGCAUGCGGGUUAUCAUACGGUGGCAACCUACUGUCAAAACACUGCCCUGCCCAGUUCGCCACACUACCACAAAGGCUUCUGCAAGUGCGUCGGUGGUCCCAUGCAAGUGGAACCUUUGGGUCUGUGGGUGGAAGCGAAGCGAUUGGCUAAGUGCUGUGCAGCAGCGCACGUAGAUCUGCUGGGGAAAGCUCAGGGCCAUGUGCCAGAUUGGCAAGCUCUACAACCGAGCCUUGUUUGCUUGCGGCUCACCUUUCGGAUCCCAGGUUUGGAUUUCAGAGCUUCAGGAGCUGGUGCUACGUUUUGCUUGCUCCACCUGUGGAGGCUUAGCUUGAACAAUGGGCGUAGUUUCUCAGAGGCUCCGUUGCAAGAAACCAGAAGGGAAGGGAGAAGAAGGUGAAAUGCAAAAUGGAGGCUUUAACCCUUGGAAACUCACAUCCCGCUUUCCACAAGAAUAUGAUACGUCGUACUGGCCGACACGUAUAUAAAUUGCAGUUUGCUGACCCAUCACGUCCCUCUGUCCUUGCCCAAAGAUGUUAAUUUUCCCCAGAGGAAAGGGAUUAUAUCUGGAGGCAGGUCUGGGCUCAUUUAAGUGCUACACCAGACAUUUGCAAAUCAUUGAAUUUCCCCUAGGCUCUCAAUAAGGCCAAUAUUGAUGUACAGUGGUACCUCGGGUUACAGACGCUUCAGGUUACAGACUCCACUAACCCAGAAAUAGUACCUUGGGUUAAGAACUUUACUUCAGGAUGAGAACAGAAAUUGUGCCUCGGCAGCAGCGGGAGGCCCCAUUAGCUAAAGUGGUACCUCAGGUUAAGAACAGUUUCAGGUUGAGAACGGACCUCCAGAAUGAAUUAAGUUCAUAACCCGAGGUACCACUGUAGUAUAAUCACGCCUUUCAAGUGAGCUCAUGGUGUCCCGUCCCCCCCCCCCCCCCCGUGAUUCCAUUCAACCUGUUCCUUCUCUCUUUGGGUUUCUCUGCUCCCUUCUUGCUGUUACUUGUGAUGGAUCUCUUUGUGGCUCUGCCUUCUGUGCCCUUUUGCAGGUGUUUGCUUAGUAGCAACUCUCUGAGUCCAAAGGUAGAGGGAGGAAGAGCUGAGAUUGUACCCUGUACUGCAAAGGCCUUCAGCUGCGCAUCCUGGAUGUUGCUGGACCAUACAACUGCCUUGGCCGAGCUGGCUGGGGCUGAUGCGAACUGUAGUCUUAACAGCACCUUUGAAGAACGCUGCUGUAUCCCCUUCCUUUGGGAGGUGGGCUGGCACCCAGGAGGACUUCCUGUUGUUCUCAAAACACGCCUCUCUAGGAGAAGCAGUGUGUAGAGCUCAGGCAUAGAGUGGGAGGUAUGGGAAAGACCAGCGCUAGGGAUUUCUGUAGAUGAUUCACUCUUAUCUACAACCAAGUGGCUUUUAUCACUGCUUCAGGCCUAAUGUCAGAAUCCCAUAUACCAGCAGGUGAGAUGCUUUACUGCCGCCACCUAGGUGAAUCAUUAUGUACACAGACAACAUCCUAUGCGAGUGGGAAGGAUGUUUCAGCUGCUGCAGUUAAAUAGCCCAAAUAACCAAGGUGGCUCACACACCAAAACAAACAAACAGACUCAGUGCUGUAAGGUGCUGGAUUACAUAUCAGAGGCUAGCAACAGACAGGAGGUAGAUUGGGAUCUGCUGGGGUAGUUUGCAGUCUGUUGACAAUGGUUUCCGACGCUCAAAUAUUUACAGACAGCAACAAUGAAAAAAGGCUUACCCACUGCCACCCUUUAAAAUUAGGCUGAGGAAAAGCUUGGGAGGAAAUGAAGGGCUUUUUUGUUUGUGAAGGGGACAGCAAGUUCAGUUCCUGCCCUGAAAACAAGCUGGCUGUGCCUCAGGUGCACGGUGUUCUUUUAAGUUUCUUCCCCCAUCAGCCACAACUUUGCACUUGGGGGGGUCUCUCAGGUUUCUGUUAAAGAAGAUGGUAGAUACCUCAAGCCAGGAACUCCUCCCUCAUUCCUUCCUGAGAGGAUGGAAGCCAUCCCUGGCGUCCUCUGGCUGGUUGCCCAGGCAUAACUUUCUGUUGUUCUCUGAGGCCUCUUCACGAACCAGGAUUGAUAUGAUUUUGCCAUAUACCAAAAGUGGGUUUAGCUAGGAAAGUGUAGCUUGCCGGGAAGCUCUUGCCUCUAGAAAACUGCGCCCUGAAGAGUGAUUCAACAACAGCAGCUGUCGGAGAAAAAACAGCUUGUGAGCGUUUGUUUUCAGAGGUGAAACUUUUCAGUCAGCGCUCUUGUCACAUGAACACGAAGAGGCUUCAGCUAAUUGAGAUUUGCAGUCAUUCCGCUUCUGUGAAACACAUGAGGUCCAGAAAGGCAGCUUAGAAAUACUUUUAAAAUGAAAAAUUAAAUAAGCACGGGGCUCUGGACAGGGUGGUUUGAUGUCAAGGCCCUUCUGCCGCCCUGACUCCUAGGAGGAGGCACGGCCAUUUUGUUUAUGACCCCAAGCCAGUGACUGAUCUUGAGGCACAAGCUUUGGCCAUGAGGAGCCUGUGACCUUCCAGGUGUUGUUACUUUUGAUCUGCGCAAAGGAACACAUUGCCAGCUUGCUGAACACACACCCCGGAGUUGCCCGAGAGGAAAGCUCGGCUUGUAUUUUAAUUUUCCUUCCUUUCUUUCACUCCAUGUAGGAUUGCCCCCCUCCCUACUUCAGCAGCAACCAGCGUCUGGUGGGACCACCGUCGGGGACGCCGCGUCUGGAAAGCGCAGCUGAAAACCCUGGCGUCCAGGUGAGGGGGAGACUUUCCUUCCUGAAAGUUUGGGCGAAUCACCUGUAAAAGGAGCGUGACCUGCGCAGGAGAAGGGGGCUUGAUUCAGGAGGCCAGUCGAACACCAGGGAGGGAGUUGGAACCGCUGAUGGUGGAUCCCCAGGGGUUGUCCCCUCUAGGCAAGAGGUUGGGUCAAUGAGGAGGUGGAAUCAGGGAGAAAAAGCACCAGGUCCAUGGGCCUGGUGGUUGUGGAAACCUCUGGGCAAGGGGCACGAGCCUCAGCAAGUGCCUUGUUGUGCCAGCACUUGUUGAACAAAGCAUUGCUGGCAUAUUCUCUGUUCCAAGAACAAGGCUUCCACAGACCCACCAUUUUCACAGUGUGGCUUUUAUGGCUUUGCAUACAUGCAAAUAACACAUUUCGACACCCAAAGAGGGAAGCAUGGAGAGUAUUGUGCCACAUGCGAGAACUGGCACCGUUUUGCUUUCUUCCGAAGGCUGCUUCUCCCAUUAUAGGCGAGCGGCGGAUUUUUGUCGUCAAGCCAAUUCCUAAAAAGUAAAGUGGGAAGGCAACAACGGACGAGUCCCCGAGCUGGGUGUAUCAUCCGGGUGCAUUUGUUAAUGGUGUCCCUCUCUGCGUCUAGGGAGAUGAGCUGUUCUGUGUCGGACCCCCCAGCAGCUACCAGCUCCCACCGUGGGAGCAGCCGCGGCUGCCGAGCUACGAGAGCGUGCGGAAGAAGGAUCGCCAGCGGGAGAUCCACCAGAUGAUUGCCGAAAGGUUCGGCUUGUGGGCGGAGAUCUCCCCAGAGGUAAGCAAUCUUCAGCGAGAAAAUAAUAAUAAUAAAACAACAACCCUCCACCCUACCACUAUCUUAGGGUAUAGAAUUAUCCCGCUGGCAGGUCUCUAAUUAUAAAACUUGCCCGGAGGUUCCUCCUCCUCCUCCUGAUACCUUGAGACCUGGCUCUAUCUUUCCAAUGGCAUUUUUAUCUUGGAAGGAACACAGUGUUCCAGGAGGCUCCAGCGCUAAGCCACUUGUUUACAUUCCUUCUGGCUAAUGAUUCAUCCUGUAUCUUUUGGAAAGAAGUGCUUCUGUCUUCCUCAAGGAGCCAAAACAGACACGGUGGCAGCCGGGGAUAAAGCCUCUGAGACGGUGCAAAGUGCCUUGCCAUGCCCCUAGCACUGUAGGAGCUGUUCUGUUGCUGCCUUGCAGGGUCACAGGAGGGUUAUCAGACCAGAGAGCCCUCUGCCCAAGAUCCCCUUUAACCUGGAGCUAAGAAUAUAGGAAACCUCAGGCCCAGAGACCCCAAUGUGGCCCUCCAAAUUUCUCUGUCUGGCCUACAGGACUCUGCCCAGGCCACGCAGGUCCUUGCUUUGCACCCUUUUUGAGUGUUUUUGCCUGGCUGGAAUGUGUCCUUCCACUCUGAUAAUGCCUCUUUCUUGCCUGGCUGGAGGGUAGACAGGUGCGCAGAAACUUGCCUACUGCACAAGAGCAAGAAUUACACCUGCUGCUCUGCCCCUUUUGGCCUCUGGCUCCAUCCACCGCUGCCGCUAUGUGGCCUUGGAAGAUUUCCCAGAAGGAAAUGAUAUUUUUGGAUGUAAAAAGGUUUCCUGCGUCUGCUGUAGCCAAGCAGUGAUUCUCCCCCACCCUGUUGUUCUCUCCGCUCACACGUUUUGUGUGCGUAGUGCUUCAAAGUCUGCAAAACGUAUCUGACCAAAGAUUUUUAUAGUGUACAUGCCUCUCCCCCUCUCCGUUUCUGUCCUCCCAAGGUAGGAUAGGCUGAGGCCCAGGGUCACCCUGUGAGUUUCACAGCUGAGCGGGUAUUUGAACCCGGGUUUCCAAGGUCCCAGGCCAGCACUCUGACCAGUAUACCACCCUGGCUCUCCAGAUGAGGAUGGGACAAAUGAAACCAAUGCUUUACACCACAGGAAACCUCAUCAAAAACAAGGCCAGUUCUUUCUUUAAAAAAAAAAAAAAAGCCUACUUCCACAGCUUAAAACAGUCUGAAGCCCAUUUCAAACAGGUUUAAAUUUACAGUGAAGAGUAUAGAGUAGUUUGAAAAGGCAAAAUAAUUUUGCUGUGGGAUGCUGGUGUUCCACUCAAAUGGCAGCUAUACUUGGUGUGUGUGAAUUAGCAUUGGCUCCUCUAAGGAUGAAUAACAGUAAUAAUAGUAGUAAAAAAUAAAAUAAUAAAAUAAAAUAAAAUAAAAUAAAAUAAAAUAAAAGCUUUAUUAUUUAUACCCCGCCCAUCUGGCUGGAUUGCCCCAGCUACCCUGGGCAGCUUCCAACACAUAUAAAACUUAAUAAAACAUCGGAAUGUUAAAAACUUCCUGAUACAGGGCUGCCUUUGGAUGUCUCCUAAAAGUUGUGUAGUUCUUUAGCUCCUUGACAUCUGAUGGGAGGGCGUUCCACAGGGAGGGAGGGUGCCACUGCCGAGAAGGCCCUCUUCCUGGUUCCCUGUAACCUCACUUUUCGCACUGAGGGGACUGGCAGAAGGCCCUCUGUGCCAGACCUCAGUGUCCAGGCUGAAUGAUGGGGGAGGUGGAGAUGCUCCUUCAGGUAUACUGGGCGAGGCAGUUUACAAACUCAGCUGGGUUGUAAAUGUCAUUGAACUGGGGCGGGGGGGAGAGAGAUUUAUUUCUGAGUAGCCGUGUAGAAGACUCAAGCAUUGCUGUUGAUUCUUCUAAUGGACUUGAGCCUUACAAGUACUCUAUCAAAGGAGCAAUAAUGGUAGUCAGCACUCUCGCAACCACUUACCAUUUAUAUUGCAUACUUAAAGUGCUUUCAGCAGAUAGGUGAGCCUUCAUAACAACCCGCAGUCUAGAUAAGGAGAGGCCCAGAGCGGAUAAGCAGGGGCACGUGUUGCAAUGAACGUUACAAGCUGAUCUUUGUACUUGGAUCGCACAUCUGCCCUCGGACAAUAUUCAUGGUUUCUUGUUCUCCAUCUUUUCCCUGCCUGAUUUUGAGAUGUUGUUUUCCCUGGGCUCUGAACCCUGAGAGAUGGGUAGGCAAGGAAGGUUUCUGAGUUUGAUUGGGAUGCUCACCACCCGGGUAGUUUGACAAGGCAGAGAAGGAAAUAAACAAUUGUCUGGCUUUCAGAAGACACAUGGGCAGCAUAUAAAUAAGUGGUGGUGGUGGUGGUGGUGGUGGUGGCGGCCCUGAGUCCCUGUGUUAGGACAGAAGAAUGGCUUCCUUAAAUAAAGGCACAGAAAGGAAUUUCCACCCUGCAGGUCAGGUAGCUUAGACAUCUUUAGGCCAUCAAAACCACAUCUGGCUCAGAGAAGGGUAGGGCAGCCAAUGCAUAUUUUUGUUUGAGAGACAGACAGACAAACAAACAGACAACCCACAAAGUUGCUAUAUUUAUAUAUUGAGGGGAAAACAACAACACAGACGUAACCAAGUUCAAGGCCAAUGAGAGACUGCAUGCGUCCUUUGCCUUUAAUUUCAUUGCCGGCAUUAUCGUACUAUAACUUUUGACCUACAGAUACCUCUAGUCUUAGUGCAAAGGUAGGUGCAAGGUUGGUCAGAAUCUACCAGUAGAUCUCUGGCUCAUUUGUAAUCCAGGCCACUGUUUUAACAUGUGGCUUUAGCAUAUGGCUCUGUCCCUAUUUUGGAACACGUUCUCCCCGUGUGCCUGUGGCCUCUGGGUUUAUCUAUUAAGAGUUGCCUAUGGCGCAUGAAAUUCUGCCUCAGUAGAAUUCUACCUUUCUACAACCUGCAGAGUCCCUUGUUUCCAGUUAUCCUGCGAUUAAUUAGAUGACCUCAAGAAAAUUGGGCAUCCUCUAUCACAAAAUCGCAAGCCGUGGUUGAAGCCAAGCCUGCAAAGUUUAAACCAGCCACCACCAAUCUGGUACAGUGGUACCUUGGGUUAAGUACUUAAUUCGUUCCGGAGGUCCGUUCUUAACCUGAAACUGUUCUUAACCUGAAGCACCACUUUAGCUAAUGGGGCCGCCUGCUGCCACCGCACCGCCGCUGCACAAUUUCUGUUCUCAUCCUGAAGCAAAGUUCUUAACCCAAGGUACUAUUUCUGGGUUAGCGGAGUCUGUAACCUGAAGCGUAUGUAACCAGAGGUACCACUGUACUUCCUUGAUGUUCAGGACUUCAGCCCCUGCCAGCUGUGAUGCAAGCGUCAAUGCAAGCAAUUAAUCCGAUUAAUUGAUGGAAAACCUCUUUAUCUACAAAAAGGUGCCCCCCCCUGUUAAAUAGGCAGCGGUUCCCCCCUCACAACAAUGUAUUUUUGAUUCAAGUACAUAUAAAGAUUACAAGAUAUGAACACAGGAAGCUUCCUUCUGCUGAGUCAGACCGUUGGCCCAUCUCACUCAGCAUCUCCCACACUGACUGGCAGCAGUUUGUCCCGGAUUUCAGGCAGGGAGCCUCUCCCAGUCCCUUCUUUCCAGCCGGGGUUUGAACUUGGGACCUUCUACAUGCAAGGCAGAUAUGCUCUACCUCUGAGUUAUGGCAAGCACCAUCUCAUAAGAGGCACCUGCCCUUUUCUGCCUCUUAGGACGGGAUGCCUCUUCUAAGAUAAGAUCUGGAACGGCACCUGUGAGCCGCUUCUAAGAAGAAAGGAUGGUUCUAACUUUAAAACUGUUGGGUGGAAUUCAGCGCUGCACUAUUAACAAACCUGAAGCCCCUGAAAGUAACUUUUCUGAUGCAGGAAAGAUAAGAAAGGCGCACAGAGCUCUACUUUUCAGAUCUUUGCGCCCAGGACAGUAUGCGCCAGGAAAGAAAAAGGCCCUAAAGUCAAAAUCCACAGCUUGUGCAACAUACAAAAAACGACUCCCUGAUAGCUUUUUUGGAAUAAAUCAGAAAUAAAAGAACCUAUUGAAUGCAAUUAAAAAUCAAUAUGAACAUUUAAUACAAUGUAUAUGUACCAGAGAACCAGUGUGGCAUAAGGUCAGAGUGUUGGGAGAGGAGGGCUUGAAUCCCCACUUUAACAAAAAUUUUAGAAAUUAACAAACCUGUGUGCUCAAGUAUCUCAGCUUGUCAGAUGGAACAAUCCCCCCCCUCCUCCCUCUAUGUGCUGUGGGGCUGUCUUUUGACGCCUCCUCCAAGCCACAGACGGGGAGGGGUGCAGGGGGAGGACAGGAGAAACCCUGGUGCGCAAGCAGAAAUCACUGUAAAGCCUUCAACGGCUCAGGAGCGCAAACCUCAAGGACCGCCUCUUUCCAUAUGAACCUGCCCAGACCCUGAGAUCAUCUUCUGAGGCCCUUCUUCAUGGGCCUCCUCCUUGAGAGGUCUGGAGGGUAGCAACAUGAGAAAGGGCCUUCUCUGCAGUGGCUCCCCAUCUGUGGAAUGCUCUCCCCAGGGAAGCUCACCUGGCGCCUUCAUUAUACACCUUUAGGUGCCAAGCAAAAACGUUCCUUUUUAACCAGGCCUUUGGUUGAUCCAAUUUACAUCCUAUGCCCUUUUAAAAUGUAGGGUUUUUUGGAGGGGGGAGGGACUAUUGUGUUGUUGUUUUUAUUUUUAUUAGAUAUUUUGCGGUUUUAUAUCUUGAUUUUAUUUUGUGACCCACCCUGAGACCCCCUGGGUAUAGGGCGGUAUAUAAAUUCAACAGCAGCAACAACAUGGCUCUCUCCUUAGGUGAAUCCCACCUCUUUUUUACACAUUCAGGCUGCAAUCCUUUGUCCACUUGCCUCUGAGUAAGCCUGUUAAACCACUAGGACUUACUCCUGGGUAGACCUGUCUAGGAUUGCACCGUUAACCGGUCAAUCUGUGGCCUUCCAAACUGGGGGACGGUGUGAGGGAGCGCACAUGUUAUUGUUUUUGUUUGUUACUACGUUACGCAUUUUUGUGCUUUUUAUAUUGUCCACUGCCUCGUGAUUUUCGGGCGAAGGGUGCUAUCGAAUUUUAGUAAAUUUAAUAAACAACAGUGUAACCUUAUAUAUGCCUGCUCAGAGGAGCUGCAGCCUUAAACAUAUGCCAUUAAAUAACCCAUUAAUCAAGUAACAAUACAGUCAUACCUCGGCUCCCGAACACCUUGAGAGUCGAACGUUCUGGCUCACGAAAAAUUGAAAACCGGAAGCGAGUGUUCUGGUUUUUGAACUUUUUUUGGAAGCCGAACUUCCGGUGCAGCUUCCGCUAUUGUUUCCGGCGCACCUGUGCUAUCGGAAACUGAUCGGAAGCCGCGCCUUGGGUUUCUGAACAUUUCGGAAGUCGACUGUAAUAAUAAAACAUAUUUAAAAAUUGAAUCUGUUUUAUCUCUCUCCCCUGCCCCCCACAAAGGCCUUUUUUUUAAAAAAAAAAAAUGAAUGUAAGGAAUAGCUUAAUGGUCCGGUGUGUAAACAGGCUCACAGCAGGGAAGUGAGCUGGUGUUCUUGUGUUAGAAUAUCCUUUUCUAGGAAAGCUACUCUUUUACUGUUAAAACCUGGAUGGAAGCAACUUCUAACCACCGUGAAUAUUUUCAUUUGUUCAUUUGCCCCUGAGCAAAAGCAAGCUGGUGAACGUGGGCAGAGGCCCCAGUGACAGUUGCUGCUCUUCAGUGAAGCAAACCAGGGACUGCUCUGGACUGAAGUGAUCUCAGCAGAAAACCAGAGAACUUAAAGGGCUGGGGGCUGGGGAAGAAAACUGCCCAUCUGAUAAUGAGGAUUUCUGCCAGUCUUCUGCAUCCUGGUUCUCUAGGAUGUUUGGAGAGUGGGGGGUUAACCGAAAGAAGAGUAGCUUUCGGCAGUGUGCCAGAGGGACUGAAAAGGAUGCGAGACCUGAAAUGCUUGUUUCUAACAAUGCACAAGUGUUUUGGUGGCAGAACUGCUGGGUCGAUGGAGCAUCGGAUAUAAUAAUAAUAAUAAUAAUAAUAAUAAUAAUAAUAAUAAAUUUAUACCCCGCCCUUCCCGGUUCAGAAAACUGGGCUCAGGGCGGCUAACAACAAAUUUAAAACACUUAAUUGAUGCAACAAAAAACAGCAUAAAAUACAGUAUAAAACAUAAAUAACAAUAAAUUCUGAAUUCAAAAAUCAAUUUAGGGCGGGAAUCCAUCCAAUAUGAAGGCUGCUAUAGCUGUUUGUGGUGGAUGAUGACCCGUGCUCCGAAAAGUGUGGUCGAAAUGAAAGGGUUCAGCUCAGAUCAGACCACAUUUCAUAAAAUCAUACGCAAACUUUUACUAAAACAAAACUCCACAAGAGAGGGGGAAACUCCAAAUAAUUACACAGAUUAACAUAGCUCAGAAGGUAAGAAAACAGCAAAACUAACUUAUCCAGGUAAUUAACAUAAACACACCUAAAUUAACACACCUAAAUCUCAGUAGGCUGAGCAACGGAACAAGAUGCUUUCAAAAGCCCCAAAGCCUGCUUGGCUGGCUGCCGAGAACUCCCAGCAACCCAGGUUUUAUGGGAACUUAGACCAUGGGUCUAAUUAACUUGUGACACCGGCCUUGAAACCUUAACGGGAGACAGCUGUAUGUCAGCUCAUUAUUUCUGAGGUUCUAACCCAUUCCCGUAAACCAGAGCCAAUAUCACCACACCUUGCUUUUAACAAGGCUUGGGAUUUGGGAGACCCUAAUUCAAGUCUCCACUCGGCCAUUAAGCUCCCUGGGGGAGCUGGGACCAGUUGUUGUCUCUCGGCCAAAUCUACCGCACACGGUUGGUUAGGAGGAUAAAAUGGCGGCAUGCGUCUGAACUCCUUGGAGGAGAGGCAGGACAUAGAAUCUAAUACAGUGGUACCUCGGGUUACAGACGCUUCAGGUUACACACGCUUCAGGUUACAGACUCCGCUAACCCAGAAAUAGUUAAGAACUUUGCUUCAGGAUGAGAACAGAAAUCGCACGGCGACGGCAGCAGGAGGCCCCAUUAGCUAAAGUGGUGUCUCAGGUUAAGAACAGUUUCAGGUUAAGAACGGACCUCUGGAACGAAUUAAGUUCGUAACCAGAGUUACAUACUCGGGUUACAUACGCUUCAGGUUACAUACGCUUCAGGUUACACACUCCGCUAACCCGGAAAUAGUGCCUCAGGUUAAGAACUUUGCUUCAGAAUAAGAACAGAAAUCGGGCUCCGGUGGCACGGCAGCAGCAGGAGGCCCCAUUAGCUAAAGUGGUGCUUCAGGUUAAGAACAGUUUCAGGUUAAGAAUGGACCUCCGGAAUGAAUUACGUUCUUAACCUGAGGUACCACUGUAGUAUGAACAAACAGUGCAGCUCUUUGUCAGCACUGCUUUGGAAGACACCAUGGAAGCAAAUCAGCUCAGCUUCUGCCUCAGGAGCACACCUGUGGGCCGUGAAUUGUGCGAUGCAGUUGCAUAAGGGGUGAGGCUCGUGGAACCCAAGCUCACUGGUGUGUGGACGUUGGGCAAAGUAGGUGUGGUGGAGGCUGGUGGGUGAAGCUGGCACAAUAACUGAGCCUUGGCAAACGCAUUCCGUAAAAAAACAUUUGCAUAGGCCAAAGUGGGCAGAGCCGUUUGUGGUUCUCUCAGGAGGUGAUAUAACAAGCUGCUUCUUAUUUUUUACAGUUACCGCCACCCUACGAGCAAGCCCUGAGGUACCCUGCAACUUUACCAGGAACUGGAGCGGGUUCGGAGUUGUCAGCUGGACAGAGCUUGCCGGACAUGCUGCAAGCUUCGCCAACUUAUCAUGCUCAGAGGAACACUUCAGUGUAGGCUGCAGGUUGGGUCCGUCCCCCCAGCCCACCCCUGUGUCUGGGACAAUGCCAGAGUUUGGGGUGUGGGUUUCACCUGCACAGCAGCAGCCUGCCAAACCUUUCCAGGUGCAAAAGGAACUGGGUGGAACUCUCCAGAGCCGACACAAAGCCAAGUUUUUUUUGUGUUCCCCUUUCCUUUUCUUACUAGUAUUACAGUAUUGAGAGCGAAUGCUAGGAGAUCGCCAGCUCUUUCUGGAACUGAGCCUGAGGACGGCUGAACAGUGCCUGUGUACACCACUUGGGGGAAGCUGUGGUCUCUCCCUUUUGAAGUAUCCAAGGCCAGAGGAGUUUUGAAGAGACUAGAUCUAGGAACCCCUGUCUCUCAGGGCAGAGGGCCGGAAUCAGUUACCCUCAGGGCUGCCUUCUUGCCCUAGGAAUUGAAAAGCCACGUAGAAAACCCUAUGGAGAUUUCAGCCUGCAGGGUCAAACUUUGGACCAAGCCAGCGAGAGGCUCCCCUUGUCAUUUUUCAAGAGGCAGGCCAACACUUCCUGUUCAAAGAGCAUCCUUGGAGGGAAACACCAGCAACUAUUACAUUAAAAAGAAAACAGUGGGAGCUGCCAAACUUGCAAACUUUAAGCCUGAACAGGAGAAAGUUUCUUUUGUCUCUCUGGUUGUCUUAAGGAGUGUCGCUUAUCAGGGAUUGCAGCUUCAAGUGACAGAAUGAAUGUAUUUUGCCUCCAGCUGUUUCUACUGAUUCUCGGACAAAUUCCAAUGAGGAUUUCUCUCUCUUUUCUUUCAAUGCUGCAGGGCAGUUUUGCAAGUCCAAAUAGGACAGCAGAAGGCAGGAUCGGGAGCUUCUGCAGGGAAUUCCCUCCCUUCUUGGGAGUCUGAAGCAGCCCAAGGUUUUAGGGGCCAAGCCAUAUAACCAAGAAAGGGUUACAUGCAGAGACAAGAGGGAUCUCCCCCAGGAGGGGAGGAAGGUGGUGAUAACUGAUAGCUAUCACUCCUGUCAUUGGUUACUCUCCUUGAUUGCUCUGUCAGUUCGACUCUUUGAUUUUUGUUAUCUGGAUGGUUGUUGUUUUUUUGUAUUUGACAAAGAGGCUUUUAAAAUGUUCCUAAUGCCAUUGUUAAAACUGAAACAAUCAGAUCAGAGAGAAAAAAUGUUUUGGGGGCCUCCUUUCCCAUUGCAACUUUGUGAGUGUAAUGCUUGGGGGGGGUGGUUAGCCAAAUUCCUUUGUGUGGAAUUGAGAAGGUCAGCAGUGAUUCUUUUGUUUCAUACAGGUUCCAGCCUAUAAUUAUGGCGAGUGCAGACACACAACACUAAGGCUGAAUACACAUUAUUUUAUUCUAGAAUCCAUGGAGACUGAGUUCUUUUUCCUCCCCUACGAACUCCCCACACUAGCUAGCUACGUUGUAUAUUUUUGCCCCUGAAAAGUGCUACUUGACAAACUAGUUUAAAUUCCAGAAAUAAAAGCUCACUGCAGAUCAAUUCUGCAUUAUUACCAUUAGAAAACAGAUGCAGGCACAAGGGAACUUCCCUCCCUUUCCACACACCCCAAAUCUCCUUGGGCAUCCACCCCCCCCCAAGCCUCUGCUGCGGAUAUUGGCAGUGCAGAAGGUACACAGAGGCAGGGGAAGUUCUGUUGUGUUGCCAAAGACAUCCCAUGCGAGCAGCGAUUUUGGUGGAUUCAACCUCGUAUCUACUGCGUUCAUGCAUGCAUUGCAUCAUUUAUUUUCCCUUUUCUUACUAGGUUUUUGUUUUUUCCAAAUGCUGGUGUUUCCUGUGUAUAUGGCUACGUGGUUUCAGAUGGUAGAAUUCCCCUCCCAUCUGAAAAUCAAAAUGGAGGGAGCUGCUACAUCCCAGAUUUUUUUAAAAAAGAAUGGAUUAAAUGCGCAGGAGGCAAAAGCAAACUGAGGGACAUAACCAGACACACAGGGCAGACGAAAGCAUGAAAGGGCAGCCUGCGGCACUCCUGGCUAGGAGCAGAAUGGCCCAGGCGUCUCCCUAAAGCAUUGCGUCAAGUCUGCCCUCUUUACUGUGCUAACAGCUGCUUCCCAGCUCAGUAGGCCAGAGUUUUUAAAAAACCCAAAGCCACUGGUCCUUCCUGCAUAUUUAUAGUAAAGGUAAAGGACCCCUAGAUGGUUAAGUCCAGUCAAAGCCGACUAUGGGGUGCGGCGCUCAUCUCGCUUUACUGGCCGAGGGAGCUGGCAUUUGUCCACAGACAGCUUUCUGGGUCAUGUGGCCAGCAUGACUAAACCGCUUUUGGCGCAACGGGACACUGUGAUGGAAACCAGAGUGCACAGAAACACCGUUUACCU